AUGCUAGGGCUAAGACAGAGUAUACGAAAUAAUAUAUGGGUGAAACUUGGGGAUGGGGCAAACACAUGUGCUUGGUUUGAUAAAUGGGAUGCAAUGUGUCCGCUUGGUAGUUUUAUUUCUCCUAGAACCAUUGCUAAUGCGGGUUUUAAUAUGAGCUCUUGUGUAGCUGAUGUUUGUAUUAAUGGCGAAUGGGUGUGGCCGGAGGCUUGGUUUACUCGGUUUCCGGGUUUGCUCGAUAUGCAGGUACCGGAAUUAAACACAAAUGAUCAUGACAGUUUGGUUUGGUGUACAAAUGGCGGCCGAAAAACUGAUUUUAGUACGUCAACGCCGUGGGAUGAUGUGAGGCAUUCGCAUAAUGAGGUUCAAUGGGCAAGUAUAGUAUGGUUUCCGCAAGCUAUACCUCGCCACUCUUUUCUCUUAUGGUUGCUUGUUCUUCGAAAAUUGAAAACCCAUGAUGUCAUGAGUCGAUGGAACUCGGGCAAUAUGAAUCUUAACCUGUUAUGCUGCUCGUUGUGUUCAAGGGGGCCUGACUCGCAUGAGCACUUGUUUUUUGAGUGUGAUGAAGCCAAGAAUAUUUGGUAUGGGGUUCGGGAAAAAGCUGGCAUGGGCGCUAUUCAAAAUUCAUGGAAUGACAUCUUUGAAUAUCUAUUAAGUAUAGCUAACUCAAAAAAGGCGGCAAAUGUCAUUGCGAAGCUGGUUGUUGGUGCAACAGUCUACUUUGUUUGGGAGGAACGGAAUAGAAGAUUAUUCACACCGAAAAGGAGAACGAAAGAACAGCUUACCGAGGUCGUUUUGUUUACGGUCCGAAUGAAGCUACACACUAUGAGGUUUCGGUAUUCUGUCCACACGGAGCAUGUCUUGCAGGAGUGGAGCUUACCUCGAGGGUUGCUUGUUGCGGAUGAUGACUGCGGCUGA